AGCACUUUAUGCAAUAUUUAUCAAAGUCUGCAUAAGCGAUUAUUCGGGUUCAUUUGUUCUAUUUAUAACAAGACAAAGGUCAUUUUACAUUACUACUGAACUAUAACGACUAAAGUCAGUUUUUCAACCGAUGAAUAAUUUAGAUAAACCUUCUUUUUCUGUUUACGAAGGCUUUGCUUUAAUAGAGAAUCGACUUUGUUCAUGAGAUAUGAAAUGAAUCCAAACAGGUGAAAAGGUAUGAUUGUGAAUUAUGAGUAAACAGUGAGGUUUGGCUGGUUACGAUUUGGAGAUUUUUUCGGAAAUGCCAUAUAAAAUGUGAAAGAAAAGCUAGAACUAUUGUUGUUUGCGCAACCAAACGGAUGUUUUUCAGACUCUCUCCAUUAAUCCCAGCUGGAACAUCCGAGCUGAAAAUGCGUAAGUUCGUUCUCUUUAUCUAUUCCUACAAAUUUCAGGCAAUGCGCCAAGCAAAUUCUCAGUGGUACUGAUCUCAAACAGGAUUUCCGCUGGGGUAUUGUCGUCCCCUUUAAUUGCACAAACUAUGUACCAAUGGGUUUUCCGACGUAAAUGAGACGAAAGCAACUUUUGCAAAUAACUAACUGCUGAUGUUUUAGCCCUGACAAGAUUCGCGCCCGGACGGCCAAAUAAUAAUCCAACGGUAACUUCUGAGUUUACAAGCAUUUUCAAAUACUUAAUAAAUAAUAUAUGCAAAAUAUUGAAAAAACAAUUGCGUCUGUCACGUAUAUCUCGAGGUCUACUUACCAAGUUUGGUCCAAAGCGAACCUGUUCUGCUUUUAAUUUAGCGCAGUCCUUUAAUUUGAGACUGAAUUAUACAAUGACCAGUCAUAAUAAUUUCUGUUAUCAGGCACGACCAUGUCAAAUACCGGGGAUUUAAACUAAUUAAUGCAAAAUAGUGUCACAUUUUUCAAAAGCUUAAUGGAUGAUCAGGAAUUAGGAAAGUUAAUGAAUAUAAGCAAAUUAAAUCAUAAAUUCUGUUUCCUUGCGGUGAAUGGAUUUCAAAGAGUGCUCAACUCUUAGAGGAGCUAGCAUUGUAUAUUAAUUGAAAUCAGUUCAGGACUUCAGGAGUGAUUCAUCUUUUAUUGCUACAGUCCUGUUUCUUAUAGUCAAAGAGUAACCACAUUUAUAAGGCAACAUCAACCAAUGACCGGUAAAUUAAAUCAUAGGUACGUCUGACAAUGAUAAAUGUCAGUUUUCUUUAAGUCAAAAAGAAAAAAAGACCACUCCCUUCUGCAUUUCGAUGACGCAAAAAUGGUACGUUUUGAUUUUAACCUGGAUUCAUCAUUAUUAUAUUUUGGGAAGGAGGAAAUGAAUUUAGAAGCGCAAGAGACCAUGAUCUAACCUCAUUUUCCCUAGACAAGCGUUAAUAUUGUGUUCAAGAUUGCAAGAUUUGGUUCCAGGCUCCCCUGUCACCUGCCCAGUCUCUUAGUUUCUUUCCACUGUUCUCCUCCAUGUCUCGUGCGGUUGACCACGUUUCCUUUGUUUUCUGGUAUCAAUGUACGUGCAUUUCGUGGAUGUGAGAGAUGAUCAAUUCUGAAGACGUGGCCAAGCCACGCACAUCUCCUCCUUGCCACAUUCUUCCUUUAUCAUUAUUCCAGUCUCUUCAUUAACUAUCCGCAUUGGCCAGCGGAAUGAUCUGUAAUAACCGACGAAGGCCGAUUAUGUGAAAACACGUCCAGGUUUUUCUCGUCCUUUACCUGACGACAAAUUAAAUAAAAAAUACACAAGAUAACGAAGACUCUAGAACUUGCAUUUUUUGGAGACUGAACUAUUGAAACAGAAAGUAAACGUAAUAUAUUUCUCAAUUUAAUCGUUAGACAUGCAUGUGUAAGAUUUACGAAACAAAGGGAAAGCAUUGUAGUCUUUACGUCAUAUUGCUGUCUUAUAGUUUGAAUCAAAAAUCAAAACCAACAACAAAAGUCCUUUAUAAAACACGAUUAGAACACCAUUUGGAGAGGCUUUCCGUAAAUAUCGGCACCAACGUAAUUCAUCUGAUCAGUACAAUUGUUGCUGUCUUGCUGUGCGGGCAGUAUGGUGGAAUUAUCUGCACAGCUUGUCUGAGUGCAACAACGAAAAGUAACGGGAUUUUGUGGAAGUGAGAGAUAUAAGUACCGCAUAACAUUCAAAGCUUGUGGAUUAUCCUUUCUAAGACGCUUAGCAGAGUAAAAAUAGCUGAUAAACUCUUAAAUGGCGGAUUAGUUAAUGUUGAAGAAGAUAUUUCACAUUGGACAUGACGCAGUGCUAUUUGCGCACUGGGGUUUUCUGGGUCUCACGUUUUCCGGAUCUGAAUUGAGCUGAAACAGAAGUAUGUUCAAGUUCAUUAAAACGUGCCAACCAUAUAUCUUAAUUAAGCACUGAUCGGAAUCUAGGAUCAGACGCGCCCAAUUACCGUUUGCACUUCACAGUCAUUCAGAAAACCUGGAAAAGUCUCAAACAGUGAAAAAUGCCGAAGUUUGUCUUAAAGACAAGCAUUACCGUAUUCGAAAGGACUUUUCAAAAGCUUCUAUUCAAGUAGUCACACUCUUGGUUUUUGUCCAAAGACUUAUAAGUUUGGACCAUGUUAAUUAACUCUCGGUUUUGUCGUUAUCUUCAGUGAAAGGGUCGGUUAACCCCUCAUUUCUUGACAUUCUAAACUUAUUAUCCUUUUUCACUUAACUUCUAACUAAAAUUCUGCACAUUGUAGGCGGGACUUUCCCCUCACACGUUCGAUAAAGAUACAAGAAUAGAGUAAGUAAUCAUGAUACACAAAGUCUAACUGUCACUUGUCAAAUUCUCCCAAAUAGUGCUGUAAAAAAUGUAUGAAUACUGUACUACCCAGAAAGGAGAAUUUGCAAGUUGACAUGAAUGCUAGGAGGGUUGGUGCGAUAGGGAAAGAACAGUGGAAGGCGUUUUUGUGUGUUAGAAUGGCAGUAUAUAGCGACAUGUGGCAGCUGGGCUGGUUUUACAUUCACCAGAUUUAACUUCAAAUUUUUUGGGAUAGUAAUAAGAUUACCGAAAGAUUUGCAACCGCUUAUCUAUCAUCCUCCUUAAAAAGUUUUCCAAAGCAUCUACGUGAGGGCUUCUUCUAACAAUGGCAAAUGAAAACGUUCUUACGUUGGUAAAGCCUAAGUGCUUUUCAUUGUAUUUACAAGUUUUAUUCUGAUUUAUUGUGGGAGAUUAACGGCCUUCCAUUAAAAACCCCUAUAUGGAAUGUGAAAUAGAUACCAGGGAUAGAUCUGUCCAUUAGGACUUUAUAAUCCGACCGGGAGGUCAGUAUAUAAGAACCGUAUUUACUCCAAUAUGAACAUUCUUCUAUGUUAGACUGAUAAGACGAAGGAAAAGUUUGGCUUCUUUCUACAAGGACCGACCAGAAACUGCGAGGGAAACUGAACUUGCUUUAAGCCCGUGUCAUCCAGCAGAUGAUGGACUCAACUGUGGCGCCUAGUUUCCAAUGGUCCUCAUUAUCUAUCGGUCUGUUGGUCCCCUUUGUCAGUCUUGUCAUUCUAUUGGGAAUGAUCGGAAAUACUCUUGUUGUGAUUGUCCUGUGGCAGCAACAACGUCGCUCGCAACGCAUAACUGGAAGUUAUUUCCUCAUAAAUCUCGCGAUUGCGGAUAUUUUCGCCUCAGCGAAUUUGAUAUUUAUGUUGUCCACCAUUAUCAACCGCGGCGAGUGGAUUUUUGGAGAACACGUCUGUAAACUGAAUGGUUUCUUGACAGUCCUGUUGGGCUCGACGUCGCUCCUUACUCUGUGUGCAAUCAGUAUAAACAGGUAUUUCAAGAUCGUCGAGGGUGGAAAGUACAACAGGAUUUACACCAUCAACAAUACCCUGCGAAUUCUGGCGGUCACGUGGCUUGUGCCAUUUGUGUUGUCAAUCGCGCCCAUCUUUGGCUGGUCUGCGCAUGAGUAUCAGGUCGGGAAAUGUGUCUGCCAUUUUUUGUUCAGCCGCAACAUCUCCUACACGAUAACAUUUGCUCUCAUCAUUGUGAUAGCGCCCUUCUCCAUAAUACUCUUCUGCUAUCUAAAAAUCUACAAAAUUAUUAAGUCCCAUGGAGCAAUCAUGGAAAAUCUCCGCCGGAGCCAGCCGUCAGUUAAUGUCGAAGACGUCCGAAUCGCUACCACAUUGUUUACAGUCAUCAUCGUGUUCAUUAUCUGCUACAUUCCCGCCAGUGUGGUGAACAUUGUGCAAAUGGUGCAGCCUGGUUUCAAUAUACCUCACUGGUUAGACAUGAUGUCUUUCCUCUUAGUGGUCUCCAACCAUGCUAACAACCCUUUGAUCUACAACGCGCUCAACCGUUCCUUCAGACAGGCAUUCAAAGAGGUACUGCGUCUACAGCCCCGUGAAGACUCGCAUGGUACGAGCGAGAGUGGCGCCAAGUGUACGGGCCCCCGAAGCGUACAGAGCGGCGGAGGCACAAUGGGACGGUCUCCUACCAACCCGUGCUAUCAACACUCUAGCAGUUCUCAUGGCUCUUGUGAAAAACACGCUCCUGAAAAUAUUGACGACGUUGACUCUUUAGAGAAAAACGCUCCAGUAUGUGUUUGUCAACACAAGUCUUCAAGCUGCUGAAUCUUGGCUGUAAAACUGUCUGAUGUUCUAAACUAAAGGACCUCAAGUAUAGCAGACGCUAUAUUCAAGUCCAUUAUGCUCCUCUGCUUUUAAGUAGAAGCAUAGAAGCAGUAGUAUAGAGGUUCGUCUCGAGAGCCUUAGAGACGUACCUUUAGAUAAGAACCUAGAAUUACAACAUAAAUUUUAACUACGCAAUUGAUUUCUGUCCUGCUGAUCACUUAGUUUCACGAGGCUUGCCUAUUACGUUUUAUACCAUACCACAGAAAAUACAGUCAAUGGCAUGAGAAUACAGGAAAGCCGUCGUAUAGGCGAAUCUUUGCUGGCGUCAUUGUUUACGUUUGUCCUCAUUAACAUACGACUUUGCGCAUAGAAGGCAUCAUGCUAGACACGAUUUUAUUCGCAAAAACUUAAAGAGCUUGUGAAACUUAGUAGGUGGUGAAAGUUUUGGCUCUUUUGUUGUGAUAUUCGAGGAGAAAUUGGCUUUCAAAAACAUCAAAAUUUCUGUGUGGCAAAAGCGCUAAUGAGCUCAUA